GUCUGCCUAUGUUGGAAGCAGACAUAACACAGCUUAAGGCUUCUCCCCAUUAUCUUCUGAAGCAUCCUAGGCUUGGAGCUGUCCCACGUCGCACAUCAAAGGGAAAAUAUUAUAGACAGUUGUUCCUUGGUCCAAAUAUAUGAAUGAUCCCAUGAAAAGAUAGAAAUAGAUCGGGCGGGUGAGUACUGAGUACCGACUUCUAAAGAGAGGCUGUGGCGCGAGAUGGACCGGGAAUUGCGUGCGUGCGAACAUCGUGCGGCGCGCGAACGAGCGGAACUAAUCGAAGAGCACCAGGUGGAGCUGGGGGACCAGGAAGUUCGCACUGCGACACAAAUAAGGCACGCUGAAGAGGCCAUGAUUGCUACAGUCCGUGAUUAAGGUCAACAUUUAGUGUCCAUCUUUCUCGGCAUCUCGGUACCGUUUUCCCUUGUAUUCUCAUGAAAUACAAGGUAAAAGGGGCGGCCUCCAAGAUGAGGGGGUCGAGAGAAGAUGCAAGCUAGCAGACUCUAACGUGAGGCAGAACGAAAGCGGGAUAAGGCUGUUGCUGAAUCGGAAGAAGUGUGCAAAGCCCAACUGGAGGCAGCCUUGCGCGUUAAGGCGGAGAACGACGAGCGCUUCCAGCUGGAAGAAAAAGCCUUGCGCGAAGAGCUUGACGCGAAGCUUCUGCUUGUGAGUGAGCGAGCUUCUGCUGACGUUGAAGUCGAGCGAGAAAAACUCAGAUCUGCAAAAGAUCGACUCGCCGUGAAGGAUGCAGAGAGGGGGGAGAAGUAUGCACAAAAAUUAUGA